ACACACACACUCUAUCUCUCUAGCUCUCUCACACAAAGACACAAAUCGAGGGACAGACACACACUGAGAGACACACACACACACACUCGCUCGCUCUCCUGCUGUGGAAACUUUGUGGAGGCUGCCUCCGGAGGAGGGGGGAACAGAGGCGGACGCUCGCUCUCAGCUCCCCGGCGCAGCAGCGCUCUCACUCGGCUCCAGCGGCGGCUCCUGCUCGGUGCUCGGCUCGGUGCUCCUGCUCCUGCUCGGUGCUCGGAGUACCGGGGGCAUGUCGGCCGUCAAGGCGCUGCAGCAGUGGUGCCGGCUCCGGUGCGAGGGCUACCGGGACGUGGCCAUCACCAACAUGACCACGUCGUUCCGGGACGGGCUGGCGUUCUGCGCCCUCAUCCACAGACACAGACCCGAGCUCAUAGAUUUUGAGUCGCUGAAGAAGGACAACGUCUACGACAACAACAAACUGGCCUUCCGGGUGGCGGAUGAGGAGCUGGGGAUCCCGGCUCUGCUGGACGCUGAAGACAUGGUGGCCAUGAAGGUUCCCGACCGCCUCAGUAUCCUGACGUACGUCUCGCAGUACUACAACUACUUCCACGGACGCUCCCCGAUCGGUGGUUUGGGAGCCAUCAAGCGUCCGGCCGAGGUCGCCAACACAGAUGAACCCUCGGGGAAGAAGAACCAGGCGGUGGUGGCGAAGGUGUUCCCCUCGUCCAAGCCUGGCAGAGAGAACAGCCCUCCACGCUCCUCCCCCUUCAACAGGCCGCCUCCCUCCCCAAAACCAAGCAGGAACGUCACAAAGGACGUCCCAGUGGAGCGAUCCCAUCAAACAGGAACCCUGAGUAACAAGUGUGCGUCCUGUGACAAGCACGUUCACUUGGUGCAGCGACACCUAGUGGAAGGGAAGCUCUACCACAGGAGCUGUGCAAAGUCUCUGUCAUCUGCAAACACAUUGACAGUUCUCAGAGAUUUACCCACAAACAACCCUGUGUCCAAAUUCGCUCCUCUACCCGACACGACUAAAACCAGCAUAACACCUGCUGAAGUCGAGACUCCUAAGAAGGAGACGGGCGGAGUCAGAGGGAGGGUGAAGCUGAGAGCCAACCCCUCGCUCCUCGCUGACCUGCUGCCUGCCGACCCCCCGACCUCUACCCCGACCCCGGCCACCAGGGGGGGCCUGAGAGCCAGGACUCCGGAGGGACGGGACCCGAAGCCUCGCAGCCCCUCCCCCAACUCCUCAGCGUCGGAGAACGAGUCUCCUGCCGACUGGAGGUCGAAGCUCAAACCCGUCGCCAAAGACACAAAACCUGCUGCUCCUCAGCCGUGGGCGAACGGAGCUGGAAAGAACUCCGAGCCCUCUGUUGGGCCGCCCUCUAAUGGUUCCACCCCGAGUGUCUCUGUCACCUCACCUCCAUGGAAGGGAUCUCAGAAUGUUCCGAGAGACCAAACUGCAAACGGCACCAAGUCGGAGUCAAAGACUUCGAAGAUGAAGCCAGACUACAUUCCUAAAGAGGACAUCAUGAAGGAGCUUCAGAACAUUGAAGACAGCUUGAACGAGUUGGAGCGAAGAGGAGUGGAGCUGGAGGUGAAGCUCCGCAGCAGCGAGGAAGAGGGUGAAGAUGAGGAUGAGGUCAUGGUCGAGUGGUUCAACCUGAUCAGGAACAAGCAGGUGGCCAUGCGCCGGGAGUCUGAACUGGUUUACGUAGGAAAAACUCAGGACCUGGAGGAGCAGCAGCCCAGUGUUGAGCUGGAGCUCCGGAGACUGAUGGACAAACCAGACCGUCUGAAAACAGCCAUGGACAGGAAAAGGGAGCGGGAGCUGAUGGACAAGCUGGUGGAGAUCGUCAACGACAGGAACGCCAUCGUGGACGGACUGGACGAGGACAGACUCCGGGAGGACGAGGAGGACCAGGAGCUAAACAAGCUGAUGAUGAAUUUCACCGUAAAGAAGGACAAACCAAAGAAAAAGUCCAAGCUGUUCAGCUGGGGCAGCAAGAAGGAGGGAUGACGCUCCUCAAAGGUUCCGUCUGUGAUGCCUCGUGUUAUCGUCUUAAUGUCAGUGAUUCAGGGGAAACUGUCAGUCGCUCUGUCACGUUCAGUGCUUUAAGGAAAAUACACACACACACACACACACACACACACACACACACACACACAUGGAUGAUGUUGAGGGGGUUAAUGACUCACCAGCCGGGUUCAGUGCUCCGGUUGUUAGUUUUAAUCCCCUUCUCGUCUUAAUCUGUUUACUUAAUGCUCACACACACAUACACACAAACACACACACACACACACACACACACACACAC